GUCAUUUAUAUCCUACACUUAUAUUUAGUGUUCCAGUUUAUAAUUAUUUGAUAAAUAGAUUGAAAAAAAUAAUUGAUAGUAAAAAAACAGAUCUAAUUAUAAAAAAUGCAGCAAAUGCAGCAAAAUCAAAAAUUCUUAAAUAUUAUCCAUUUACUGAUGGAUAUGUAUAUACAGUUGCUACUG